CAUUCAUUGGAAUGUAUAUUCACCCCUUUAUUUUUCUGAGUAUUAUUAAUAUCAAACAGCAAGGAGUGUGAGAGUGGAUGCUGAAAACCAGGGAGAGUUCAAAGACGGCUGACAAGAGGAUCUGUGGUCCAGAAAACAAGAGCUGCGACAGAUCAAGCCAAGAUCAGAGAAAAGGCAGUAUAACAAUUUGAUUGGGGCCCAUCGCCAUCUACAGAGUGAAGUGUCAGGUAAAAAAGGGAUCUUUAGUCUUAACAGCCACAGCGCAGCUCUACGGACACUUCUCCCGCCUCCCCUCACUCCACGCCGGGCACGCCCCUCAGGAGAGCUCCCGGCUUCCGCCGGGCCUCCGGGCAAGGCCUACCCGCGCCUCCCCGCGGCGGUUACAGGCCGAAGCGGGAAAGCGGCCGGCGGCAGUGCGGUGAGGCCCCGGCAGAAGGAUGAGUAAGUUUUCAUUCCGAAAAGCUCAAGAUGUCCAGUAGGCAGUAAAAGUGAGGACUGGAAUUGCAAGGAUGUUUUGCAGGAAGUGAUAUCCCCAGCAUUCAGUAAGAACCGGUGAGGCAUCUUCUAAAACCUGAUGACCUUCCAUUCUCUUGUAUAAGACCUGUGGCACAGAAAAAGAAACAUUAACUUUUUGAGGCUCAUGUAGGUGACAAACCUAGAAGAACGAUCUCGGGUUGUGUAGUUGCCUGAAAUACAUACUGCUGACUGGAACAGACUGCUCUUCAUUUUUCUGAACUAUGCCAAGAAAAAGAAAGCUGUUGGCUCAAUUAAGUGCACUCCAAAGCAACUCCAGCUUCCCUCCUUUUGAUGCCUUGGAGAACCUGAAUGCUAUGCCUGAUGGGGAUUCUUCUCCAAAAAGCAGCAAAUAUUUUGUGACAGAGAAAAAAAUUUCUUCCCGGCUAGAAGCAGAUUUUUUCAACCAGCCCUGUAUUAGUCUGGCCAAGUCCUUUCUGGGACAGAUUUUAGUUCGCAGACUUCCUGAUGGCAGAGAACUCUGGGGGAGGAUUGUUGAAACAGAAGCCUAUCUGGGUGGGGAAGAUGAAGCUUCCCACUCAAAAGGUGGGAAGCAAACUCAACGGAACGCAGCAAUGUUCAUGAAACCGGGAACUUUGUACGUGUAUCAGAUCUAUGGGAUUUAUUUCUGCGUGAAUGUUUCCAGCCAAGGGGAAGGGGCCGCAGUCUUGCUUCGCUCUUUGGAGCCUCUUCGGGGUUUAGAAGCGAUGAGAGAGCUGCGCGAUGCUUCAAGGAAAGGACCCACAAAGCCACUGAAGGACUGGCAGCUGUGUAACGGGCCCUCCAAGCUCUGCCAAGCAUUUGGGAUUGAUAAGGCUUUUGACCAAAGGGACCUGACUCAAGAUGCAGCCAUCUGGAUGGUGCCUGGACAUGACCUGCCAGGGGAGCAGGACAUGGUAGCCACAACAAGGAUUGGCAUUGGCAGCAGGGGAGAGUGGGCAGAGAAACCUCUCAGGUUUUAUUUACGAGGAAACAAAUUUGUGAGCGUUGUAGACAAGAAAACAGAGAGAGAGAUGGCAGCAAUGGGACACUUGCAGCUGACUUGAGCUGUGCUCUGUACGACAGCCCCAAGCUACAUCAGACACAGUGACCUGGAGGUUUUUAACAAUAAAUGUACUUUAUUGCGAUGCA